AUGUACAGCUCCGAGUAUGAGAAACGGAUCAUACAGUGCCGCAGUCGGACAGUCCGCAAACUGUUCUCGUUGAAUGAAUCUCCAACGUCAAACGAUCGCUUCAUACCCUGCCGAGCAAAUAACAAUUGGACAACAAAUUUUGCAACGAUCAGUACAAAAUCGAACGAAAAUUCACCACAAUCGUCGAAAAAGCAACGUGACUGUGGGGAAAAUGCACGGGACAGUGUAGCGUACAGUUGCCUGAUAAGGAACGAACUGCUCGGCACCGGUAUCGACGAUGUGAAGCUGGUAGCGGACGAUAAAAAUGGUGGCCUGCAUGCAAACAGCAACCGGAGCGGCCUAUUCAAAUAUCAGUCCCCGACGAAACAGGAUUACAACGAACAGUGUCCCUACUCGUUGUCCCCCGUCAGCAUCAAAAGCCAGAAGUUGUUACGAUCGCCCCGGAAAGCGACGCGCAAAAUCUCCAAAAUACCGUUCAAGGUAUUGGACGCACCGGAACUGCAGGAUGACUUCUAUCUGAACCUAGUCGACUGGUCCGCCCAGAAUGUGCUGUCCGUCGGGCUUGGCAGUUGCGUUUAUCUCUGGAGCGCUUGCACUAGUCAGGUUACGCGACUGUGUGAUCUUAGCUCCGAUUCCAACACGAUCACGUCCGUGUCAUGGAGCGAACGGGGCCAUCAGCUGGCGGUCGGAACACAGCACGGACACGUCACCGUAUGGGAUGUAGCGGCUAGCAAACAGGUAAAUAAACUGCAAGGCCAUUCGGCACGCGUCGGUGCGCUAGCCUGGAACGGGGAUGUCCUAUCGAGCGGGUCUCGGGAUCGUCUGAUCAUGCAGCGUGACACGCGCACACCAGCGCAAGUCUCAGAGCGAAGGCUUGCCGGUCACCGGCAGGAGGUGUGCGGGCUGAAAUGGUCCCCAGACAACCAGUAUCUGGCGAGCGGUGGCAACGACAACCGGCUGUACGUGUGGAACCAACAUUCGUCUACGCCGGUUCACUCGUACUCGGAGCAUAUGGCGGCGGUGAAAGCGAUCGCCUGGUCACCGCACCAUCACGGGCUGCUUGCCAGCGGUGGCGGUACGGCGGACCGGUGCAUACGCUUCUGGAACACGCUCACCGGUCAGCCGAUGCAGUGCGUCGAUACCGGGUCGCAGGUGUGCAAUCUGGCCUGGUCCAAACAUUCGUCCGAGCUCGUCUCGACGCACGGCUACUCGCAGAAUCAAAUCCUGGUGUGGAAGUACCCGUCGCUAACGCAGGUCGCCAAACUGACCGGCCACUCGUACCGCGUGCUUUACCUCGCGCUCAGCCCCGACGGUGAAGCGAUCGUGACGGGUGCGGGCGACGAAACGUUACGGUUUUGGAACGUGUUUAGCAAAGCGCGGUCGCAGAAGGAGAACAAAAGCGUACUGAAUCUGUUUACCAACAUUCGGUAA